GGAGGGGACAGCCAAGGGGAAACAUACUUGGCGCGGCUCCCUCCUCUCUGCUUAGUUUACACCGGUUGCGAUCACUGCAAGAAGAAGGAAGAGAGAGAGAGAGGAAACAAAAAAAAAAAAGAAAAAGUGUGUAUUUAGGGGGGUGGGAUGCAUGUGCCAUAAAUAAAUAGUCUGGGCUGCUUAGUGCGUGUUUUUUGUUGUUGUUUUUUUUAACUUUUUGGGCGAUGAGGCGCUUGCACGUCGCGCCGCGAACAGCCUCCGUCGAUCCGGCGACCUGCUGCUGACAAGCCGGGGAGACGAGGGACCGGGGGGGCGCCUGGUGGAGAGACCACCGCCGGGGGGUGGGGGGGGACCAUGCAGUUUGCAAUGUCGCUGCUUGGACUCAUGUGUCAGCUGUCAGCACUCGUCCGGGUCACCGUCCAGCACCGCUGGCACCCGAAACAAGAAGCCUUCAUCCAGCAGCUGUCAUCGUAUGAAAUCACCAGCCCGCUGCGGGUCAACGACUUCGGGGAGUCCUUCCCGCACACGCUGCACUACAGGCGGAGACGCCGGAGUGUAAACGACGACCUGUCCGCCGCCCUGCGGGUCCACUACCGAAUCGACGCCUUCGGCCAGCGCUUCCAGCUCAACUUGAGCGCGCACUCGGACUUCAUCGCGCCCGCCUACACGGUCGCGCACUUGGGAGCCGAGCUGAGCGACUCCACGGCGGCCCGGGGAGAGGAGACGGAGGCCGACAUGCGCCACUGCUUCUUCCGGGGACACGUCAACGCCAGGGGCGAGCAGCCGGCAGUGGUCAGCUUGUGCACCGGCUUGAUCGGCACUUUCACGACACCAGACGGCGAGUACUUUUUGGAGCCGCUCCUGAACGCCGAGGGAGAGGAGUACGACGACGACGAGCACCACAAACCCCACCUCGUCUACCGACACGAGAGGAGGCGCGACAUCUCAAGCACGAGCGUCGUCAGCCAACCCGAGCCUUGUUCGGCCUCAGACGACUCCAAGCGGCCCGUGUCCUUGGGGGGCCGAGGGAACAUGGGCGAGGAGGUGGACUCUCUCCGAGCAGCGGUCGACGACCAGGGCGACGUGAAGCAUUCCAACGACACGAUUGGCAGAGCCCCGCGCAGGCGCAAGCGCUUCCUCUCCUACCCUCGCUACGUUGAGCUGAUGGUGACGGCCGACGCCAAGAUGGCCCGGCACCACGGAGGCAACCUGGAGCACUACAUCCUCACAAUCAUGUCAGUAGUAGCGGCGGUGUACAGGGACCCCAGCGUAGGAAACCUCAUCAACAUCGUGAUAGUCAAGCUGGUCGUCAUCCACGAUGAACAGCAAGGUCCUACGGUGAGUUUCAAUGCUGCCACCACUCUGCACAACUUCUGCACAUGGCAGCAAAAGCAAAACAUCCAGGAUGACAGCCACCCUUCUCACCAUGACACCGCCCUCCUCAUCACCAGGGAAGAUAUCUGCCGUGCAAAAGACAAGUGUGACACGCUCGGGCUUGCAGAACUGGGGACCAUGUGCGACCAGUACCGCAGUUGUUCUAUCAGCGAAGAAAACGGAAUUAGUGCCUCCUUCACCAUCGCUCACGAGCUGGGCCAUGUGUUCAACAUGCCGCACGACGACAACCCCAAAUGUCGCGAGGCCGGCAUGAAGCACCAGUAUCACGUCAUGGCGCCCACCCUCAACUACGACACCAAUCCCUGGUCCUGGUCCAAGUGCAGCCGCAAGUACAUCACCGCGUUCCUAGACACCGGUUACGGGGAGUGUCUUCUCGACGAGCCAGUAGGCAGAACGUACGAGCUGCCCACUCUCCUGCCUGGUCAAAUUUACAACGCCAACAGGCAGUGUGAACUCAUGUUCGGCCCCGGGUCCCAGAUUUGCCCCUACAUGAAACAGUGCAAGAGGCUGUGGUGUACAAGUGCAGAGGGGGACCAUAAAGGGUGUCGCACGCAACACAUGCCGCUGGCUGACGGGACGGAAUGUGGACACGGAAUGUAUUGCAGACACGGCAUGUGUGUGAACAAGGAGCUGUACCUGCAGCCCAUCGAUGGGGAAUGGGGCCCCUGGGGGCCCUACAGCGCAUGUUCCAGGUCCUGCGGCGGAGGGACGAGGAGCACCACCAGAGAAUGCAACAAGCCUGAGCCGAGGAACAGCGGGAAGUUCUGUGUGGGACGCAGGAUGAAGUUCCGCUCUUGCAACACUGAGCCAUGUCCACGAGGACGCAAAGAUUUCCGCGAGGAGCAGUGCUCUCAGUUUGACGGCAAGCACUUCAACAUCAACGGUCUACCUCCCAACGUGCGCUGGGUCCCCAAAUACAGUGGCAUACUAUUGAAGGAUCGGUGCAAGCUCUUCUGCCGGGUUGCGGGCGCCACGGCGUAUUAUCCGCUGAAGGACCGCGUCAUCGACGGCACGCCGUGUGGGACCGACACCUACGAUAUCUGCGUUCAAGGCCUCUGCAGGCAAGCGGGCUGCGAUCACGUCCUGAACUCAAAGGCGAGGAAUGACAAGUGUGGCGUGUGCGGCGGAGACAACUCUUCAUGCAAAACCCUCUCAGGGACGUUCAACGAUGCGCAGUAUGGCUACAACACAGUGGUCCGCAUCCCAGCCGGAGCCACCAACAUUGAUAUAAAGCAGGUCAGCUACUCCGGAAAGCCAGAAGAUGACAACUACCUCGCAUUAUCUGACGGCCAGUCCAACUUCCUGCUGAACGGGAACUUUGUGGUGGCCAUGUUCAAAAGGGAGAUCACCUUCAAGGGGACGGUCAUCGAGUACAGCGGCUCCGACACCAAAGUGGAGCGCAUCAAUUGCACCGAGCGCAUCGAGGAGGAGCUCGUUCUGCAGGUCCUGUGUGUGGGGAACCUCUACAACCCCGACGUGCGUUACUCCUUCAGCAUCCCCAUCGAGGAGCACAGGGAGCAGUUUGUGUGGGACCCCUCGGGCUCCUGGCUGGAGUGCAACCGCAUCUGUCAGGGUGAGCGUCGCCGCAAGACGGCGUGUGUGCGGAAGAGCGAUCACCUGGAGGUGUCGGAGCAACGAUGUGAACACUUACCUCAGCCUGCAGAGGUCACUGAGCCUUGCAACACGGACUGUGAAGUCAGGUGGCAUGUCGCCGGGAAGAGUGAUUGCUCAGCUAAGUGCGGUCCGGGCUCCCGCAGCCUGGAUGUUCAAUGCAUCAAGUACAACCUGGUGAAGAGGCAGAGCGACCGGGUGGAGGCCAGCACCUGCGCCGGUAUUGCCAAACCUCCGACUCGAGAGUCCUGCCAUGGCGACUGUCUUCUCAAGAGCUGGCAGUACAGUGCCUGGUCACAGUGUUCCAAGACAUGCGGCCGAGGGAGUCGCAGCAGGGAGUCGUACUGCAUGAACAAUCUCGGCCGUCGCCUGGUGGACAGGGAGUGCGGUGAAUACCGGAGGGCGGUCACAGAAGUCUGCAACGACCAGCCGUGUCCCAAGUGGACCGUCAGCGAGUGGAGCGAGUGCCUGGUGACCUGUGGUAAGGGCACGAGACACAGGCAGGUGUGGUGCACCGCAGAAGCCAGGGAAGAAAAGCUGGGUGAGCAUUUGUGCGACCCGGCCGGCAAACCCGCCUCCGUCGGGAGCUGCGAGCUGCCCGACUGCGCCUCCUGGCAGGCCGGGGUGUGGGGAGCGUGUGCGGUGACCUGUGGUCAUGGCUACCAGAUGAGAGCUGUGAGGUGUGUGUCGGGGGACUACGGCAACACGGUGAAUGACAGGGAAUGCAAUGCUGCAGCCAGGCCCAGAGACAGUCAGGACUGUGAGGUGCCAGCGUGCCCAUGGGCCUCUCCGGUACAAAGCACACCUCGGCCUGACAACUCCGCUCAGCCCCUGACGCAAUGGAGAUAUGGCUCCUGGACGGCGUGCUCUGCGACCUGCGGCAAAGGGAAGCGAGCGCGUUACGUCAGCUGCCGAGACGCCCAGGGAGGCGUGGCUGACGAGUCCUACUGCGCCCACCUGCCCCGGCCGCCAGAGACCUCGGCUUGCUUCAGCCCCUGCGGCCAAUGGCGCACCGGGGAGUGGUCUCCUUGCUCAGUGACAUGCGGCGCUGGACGCUCCACCCGACAAGUCCUUUGCUCCAACUACCACCAGUCUGUGGACCAGUCCUUCUGUGACCCGGACGAGCGGCCCGAAAUGGAGCAAGAGUGCACCACGGCACCCUGCUCCUCCAUCUACCGCCGCCAGCGCAUCAAUGACCAGCCCUACGGAUACCCCAAAGAUCCAGGGCGCCACCCCGGUCACAACAGCUGGAACGUACCGUCGACGGACAACCAGUGGAGGACGGGACCCUGGGGCGCAUGCUCCAGCACCUGUGAAGGGGGGUUCCAGAGGCGAGUGGUGGUCUGUCAAGAUGCUGAUGGCCGCAGCAACAGCUACUGCGAAGAGCGGGUCAAGCCGGCCGAGUCCAAGAGCUGCGACUCGGGGCCCUGCCCUAUGUGGAACUAUGGCGUCUGGGGAGAGUGCACUCAGAGCUGCGGAGGCGGCAGGAGGACCCGCCUGGUGGUGUGUCAGAGGCCCAGCGGCGAGAGGCUCAACGACUACAACUGCGACGUCCUGGACAAACCUCUGGACAUGGAGCAGUGCAACCUGCAGCCCUGCCCAGGCUCCGCCUCCUGGCACCGCAGACCAUGGAAGCCGUGUUCGGUGACUUGUGGCCGUGGCAGCAAACAGCGGGAGGUCACCUGCGCUCAGCGCCAGAACCACACCAAAAUAGAAGAGGAGCACUGCGCUCAUCUUCCUCGACCGCGGACCCAGAAGACGUGCCGUGGUCGAGGGUGUCCCACCUGGAAAGCCAACAGGUGGAGCGAGUGCUCGGUCACAUGUGGAGCGGGACUCAAGAGCAGAGACGUCUACUGCAGGCUGAAAGGCAGCGGAAAGGUCAGAGAAGAUCUAUGUGACGCCUCAUCACGACCCGCUGUCGGCCAGCGUUGCCAGACUGCAGAAUGUAGCCCUUACAUUUGGAUAGCCGCCUCGUGGAAAGAAUGCAACGCCACCUGUGGAGCCGGAGUGAGAAGCAGGAAGGUGGACUGCAUGGAGCCCGGGAUGACGCCUGUGCAGACGGAUUACUGCGAGCCGUCACUCAAACCGCCGUCGCAUCAACCUUGCCAAGAAGGGCCGUGUCGCUUCCUGUGGGCCACAGGGGAAUGGUCACAGUGCUCCGCCAGCUGUGGUGUGGGCUACCAGCAGCGUGUGGUCUCCUGCUCCAAAAUACCCUCCUCUCGGGCGUCGCAUCUUUACUCCGCCCAGUCCCUCACUGCUGCCAUCCACUGCCCGGACCCCCGCCCUGCCAGCAGCAGACCCUGUCUCCUCAAGGACUGCCUGCAGGCGUCUUAUUGGAAAGUGGGUCUUUGGAGUAAGUGCUCUCAAACCUGCGGGGCAGGAGCCAUGGAGCGGCGAGUGGAGUGUGUGACCGCCAAAGGACAAACGUCCAAACAGUGCCGUGCCUCAGAAAGACCCUCGCCUCAAGCUGCGUGUCACGCUAGAGAAUGCCAGACGUUUACUUCCUGCCGUGAGGUCCAGAUGCGCCAGGGCGUCAGGAUGGAUGGAGAGUAUUACCUCAAAGUCAAGUCCCGCACCCUACAGAUCUACUGCACUGAGAUGGAGACUGACUUCCCCAAGGAGUACGUCACAUUACGCAGCGGCCAGACGGACAAUUACUCUGAGGUGUACGGCUACAGGCUGCUGAACCCCUUCGAAUGUCCCUACAACGGCAGCCGAAGACAGGACUGCAGCUGCAGGAACGACUACUCCCCGGCGGGGUACACGCUGUUCCACAAAGUGCGCCUAGAUCUGAGCACCCUGAGGAUACUGAUCACCGACUUCCGCUUCUCCCACACUCCCGUCGGUCAGCCCGUGCCCUUCGCCACGGCGGGUGACUGUUACAGUGCCGCCAAGUGUCCGCAGGGCCAGUUCAGCAUCAAUCUGAUGGGGACCGGCCUCAGAGUGGCCGAGACCACCAAGUGGUCGUCUCAGGGCAACUACGUCUCAGUCAAGGUGCACAGGUCGGAGGUAAGAAAGCUUGAAACAAAAUGUCAGAAAAGCUUGGGAAAUGUCUAA